AUGCAUCUUUUACAGCUCAGCGACAGCGGCGAGCUCCGACUUACCACUCAUGACGGCAGGAAACUCCCACCGUACGCCAUCUUGUCUCAUACGUGGGGCCCCGAUGGAGACGAAGUCACAUUCGACGAUGUGAAGAGACGACCUGAGGAAGCCAAAUCGAAACCCGGGUAUGCCAAGAUUGAUUUCUGCGCUCAACAGGCGAAGAAGGGAGACCUGAAGCAUUUCUGGAUCGAUACGUGCUGUAUCGACAAGUAUAACCUCCCCGAGCUCACAGAGGCGAUCAAUUCGAUGUUCCGCUGGUAUCAGCAGGCGACGACGUGCUUCGUGUACUUACAGGAUGUUUCUUUUCUAAAACGAGACAGUAACGGCCAACAAUGCGACUGGUGAGCAUCUUUUCGCAGAAGCAGAUGGUUCACACGCGGCUGUAAGCCAACUCGCAGAAUUUCGUCCCAAGGGAACAAACAGAAAAUACAUGGUUGAAGCUGACGCUACUCUGACCUAGGGACCCUACAAGAGCUACUUGCCCCCAAAGCUGUCCAGUUCUGGUCAAGAGACGCCCAUUACCUGGGAACUAAGGACGACCUGAAAGAUAUAAUCCACGAAAUCACUGGCAUCCCGAUCGAAGCUCUCCUUGGUGCUCCUUUGUCCAGAUUCUCGGCUGCCGAGCGGCUACGUUGGGCUGCGGAGCGUGAAACCAAGAAGCCAGAGGACAAGGCCUACUGUCUCUUCGGUAUCUUCGAUGUGUUUCUUUCCCCUAUCUAUGGCGAAGGUGACAAUGCAUUCGCUCGCCUUCAAACGGAAAUUGAGAAGGUCCCGCCCUGCCAAACUCAACCCGAGAUCACACCUCAAGACCAACGACAAGAGUUGCUAGCUUCCUUGAGGUUUGAUCAGAUGGACUCACGCCACACUACUAUCAAAGACGCACAACGCACGACUUGCGAAUGGAUCUUGCAACACCCUGCAUACGCAGCCUGGAACGACAGACUAACAUCAUUGGCCCAUCGAGGGAUUUUGUGGAUCGCUGGAAAGCCUGGAGCCGGAAAGUCGACCAUCAUGAAGUAUGCACUUGCGCGCGCCAAGAAGUCCAAGGUCGACAAUGAAAUCAUCCUCCAUUUCUUUUUCAAUGCACGAGGCGGCGACUUGGAGAAGACGACGUGUGGGAUGUAUCGGGCCCUUUUGGUGCAACUUUUUGAAGAGACGCCAGACCUACAGUCUAUCCUGGAUAGCGUCACUUCCCCGACCUGGACGCUAUCAGUCUUGCAGAACCUGUUGUCCACUGCCGUGGGUGAACUUGGCCGGAGGCACCUGAAAAUCUUUAUAGACGCUCUUGAUGAGUGCGAUGAAGGCGAAGUACGGGAGAUGGUAGAUUAUCUGGAAGAUCUCGGAGAAUACAAUCUUGAUGAUGAGAGUGGGCUCUACAUAUGCUUCGCAAGUCGCCAUUAUCCGACCAUUGAGAUUCGUAACGGUUGGCGCUUAGUCUUGGAAGAUGAGGCAGGGCACGGUGACGAUCUCAAGAAAUACAUUCGACGUCGACUUCAAGCUGGCAAGGGCAAACUCGUCGACGACAUCCGAGAACAAGUACAGGAGAAAGCAAAUGGUGUCUUUAUGUGGGUGGUUCUGGUUGUGGAUAUCUUGAACGAGGAAUUCCGUCGAGGCCGCAUUUUCGCCGUCAAGCAACGACUUCGGGAAAUACCAAAUGAUCUGAGCAAUCUCUUCAAGGACCUUCUUCGACGGGACUGUGUGGACAUGGACGACUUGCUACUCUGCCUCCAGUGGAUCUUGUUUGCAAGGCGGCCACUCAAGCGUGAGGAGUUUUACUUCGCGAUGGUAUCUGGUCUACAUCACGAGUCCAACAAUGGCGCUGAGUGGAUGCCGGAGCCGUGGAAUCCGGAAGAAGUGACAGUCGAGGACAUGAAGCGGUUCGUGCUCAACUCUUCAAAGGGUCUUGCGGAGCUCACCAAGUCCAAAUCAAGUCCCACUGUACAAUUCAUUCACGAAUCGGUCCGCGACUUCCUUUUGAAAGAUGGCGGAUUGCGCGAGCUGUGGCCAGGUUUGGAUGGCGAUCUAGCCGGCCUUAGCCACGACAGGCUCAAAACAUGUUGCGCCAAUUACCUGGCUGCUGACCUUGCGGUCUGUGCGAACAUCACUCAGCAGCUGCCGAAAGCUUCUUCCGGAGAAGCGAAAGAGAUGCGGCAACGCGUCUCGCACCAAUUCCCGUUUCUUGAGUAUGCAAUCAAGGAGAUCUUCUAUCAUGCCAACGACGCCGCGCUCAGUAUAGAUCAAGAAGAAUUCCUGGAUGGCUUUGCUCUGGACACCUGGAGGACCGUUAAUAACCUGUAUGAGGGUACCGACAUCCGCCGAUAUGGGCGAAGUGUUAGUCUGCUCUACAUUUUCGCCGAGCAAAAUCACUCCCAGCUUGUGGAAGCACGAAGACGUGAGGAUCCUUGGUUACGUCUGCCAUCCGAGAGAUACCAAUUUCCCGCCUUUGCGGCAUUUGCGCACGGUAAUCGUGAUGCCCUGCAAGUCCUACUGGAAGACGCCGAAGCCACUACCAUCGAUAGUAUGGUGGAAGAUCCCGAGUUCGGCAGACCAUGUCAACUCGGUGAAACUCAUGAUCUAUUGUACUGGCUCGUUGAAAAGGCUAACUGGGGCUUUGCCACAUAUCUCUUGCGGAACCACGUGGGGAAGGGCAUCUUCAACAUUGAUCACGGAAGCGGCAAGAAACGGUCGAGCACCAUUUCAAUUGCUGCACAGCACGGCGCAGUGACAGUUUUGCAGCUCUUGGUCGAUCUUGGCGCCGACCUUGAGGCUGAAAUAGCCGGUAAGCGCACGGCACUCUGCCAAUUCUCAAGUGAUGGUUGCGCGCAUGGAGUAAAGUUGCUCUUGGACUUCAGAGCUUGCGUUAACUCUCAGGGACGCGAACAUCGCAGUCCCUUUCCGUUGCAGGCAGCGUCACGCACUGGCCACGAGGAUAUUGUGGAGUUGCUUCUGAAUGCAGGAGCCGACGUCAACGCAUUUGACAACAAUUUUCCUCUUCCGUACGCACUCGCGGAAGCAUCUUCCCGUGGUCACAAGAAUAUAGUGAAGAUGCUACUAGAUGCAGGGGCUGAUGUCGAUGCCUAUGGUCAUACCUCAGCAGGCGAUAGAUUGAAUGCACUUUGUCUCGCGUUAGAGGCAGGUCAUGUGGAAGUGGUGCAGACGUUAAUAGAAGCCGGAGCGAAUGUCAACGCUGAAGUUGGAUCUGUUAACGCUGAGGUCGAGGGCGAUUCCCCCAAAGGUGCCCUGGCAUGCGCAGCAUCUCGUGGAAGGUCCGACGUGGUGCAGUUGAUGAUAGACUCCGGGGCGAACAUCGAAUCUUGGGUAAAGCAUGGCUUAGGUGCCGCUCUGAAUCUUGCAGCAAGCUCAAGCAACAUGACGCUAUUCCAGAUGGUGAUGGCUGCUUGGGCAGAUUCUGAUGGCCCUCACGGCACUACCCAUGGUCAGGCUCUAAUCCGAGCAUCACGGCGCGGCCACACGGAGAUGAUGGAAUUUCUCAUUUCCGCAGGAGCUGACCUCAACGCUCAGGCAGAUAGGUCCUGGGAGGGAAAUUGGUACACUGCUCUGGUGGUGGCAUCUAUUCAUGGCCACGGGGAGGCCGUAGAGAUCCUCGUAGACGCCGGGGCCGACGUGAACGCUAAGUCAAAGACCGGACGAACCCCACUGUGUGAAGCGUCAAUAGAAGGCCACGAGAAGAUUGUACGGAUCCUCAUAGAAGCUGGGGUCGACGUGAACGCUAAGUCAAAGACCGGACGAAUCCCACUGUGUGAAGCGUCAGAAAGAGGCCACGAGAAGAUCGUACAGAUCCUCAUAGACGCUGGGGCCGACGUGAACGCUACGUUAAGCAGCGGAUUAACCGUACUACAAUUGGCGUUAAACGGAGGCUACAAACACAUUGCACAGAUACUCCGAGCCGCCGGCGCGGUCAACGACAGAUCUUCCCGCGUCUAGUCAGAAUGUACAGUAUGCAACAACAGACUUCAGAAACAAAAGGAGCGGGGUUCCUGCUCUUGAAUCGAGACCGUUCAUGCUCCGUCUUGGAUACAGUGUGCAUCAAGUUAAGAUCUCUUUCCAACAUUGAGUCCGCGUGGAUCCUAAAGGCCAGACUUCUCGCACGCCUUUUAGCACCAUUAGCGACAAGCGGGACCUUCUUCUUUCAAAUGCAACAACUGCUCUAUGCACGCCCUCCAGCAUCUCAAGUAAAGAUGAUGCCUCCAUCGACAAUCUGGGUCUGACUAAAACGGGGCCAUCACGUCAGCAUUCACAUAUUCCUGAAUCAUCAACGAUUUUCAACUUACCCCGUGACAUAAUCGCUAUCCGGCCCAGCAAGAAAACUGACCAAUUUGGCCACAUCCUCCGGCGUACUCGUCCUCUUCAAAGCGAUCAACUCCUCCGAAUACUUCUUGAUCGUAUCUCCCUUUUGCGCCCCCGUCUUUUCUCCCAAUUUCUCAUCAAUCAUGGACCACAUCGCACUUUUCACUAUGCCAGGGCCAUAGCCAUUCACAGUGAUAUUAUACUCUGCCAUCUCCAUCGCGUAGGCCUGCGUGAGACCUCGGACGGCCCAUUUGGAAGCGGAGUAGUGAGAGAGGAGGGGGAAAGGUUUAAAACCGACGAUGCUGGAGCAGCCGACCAAUUUACCGGGUUGUUCGGGAGUGCAGGACUUCUGGGCAAUCAUUUGUUUCGCGGCCGCCUGGUAGCAGUUCUGUACGCCGAAGACGUUGACGCGGAACAUAUUUUCAAAGUCGGCUUCGGUCAGGUCGAGGAGAGGCUUGACUUGGGCGAUGCCGGCGUUGGCGAUCCUGAAAGGGGGAAGUGUGUUCAGUACUCGAUCUUGUCUCCAAAUCUCGUGAGCUCUGUUUACAUUGUGUUCAGGUUUCCCAAUUCCUUGACGGCAGUCUGGAUCAUGCCUUCGACUUGGCUGAGCUUGCUGACAUCUGCAAUGGCAACGCAAGAUUUUCGGCCCAUGGCUUGGAUCUCCUGGGCGACUUCUUGCGCUCCCGUCAUGUUCGGCGCAAUGUCGUUGAUGCAUACGUUGUAGCCAUCGCGGGCAAUGCGAAGAGCGAUGGCGCGACCAAUGCCCCUGGCCGAACCAGUAACGAUAGCGACGCGUUUGGACGCCAUGCCAGAUUCUCGGGCGGCUCGCUUGGAUUCUUCAAGCAGGGCGCUCGUUGGAGGAAUGAGUGGGAGGAGACUUCUUACGAGAGUGCCGAUUUUGUCGAUCUUCUUGUGCGGUAUACAAUUCAAGGGAGAGCCAGGGCGAGAGACCGACAGAGCUUUGAGUGCAGCGCUGCUCUCGUCAGAUUUAUAGGGCCAGGGCAAGACAUGUUUGCAGAGUUUCUUGGUUUCGUGGCGCCGAGAUGCAGGAGGAGGGACUCCUCACGCUACCUCCGCCUUGUUCGCUGGGACUGUCCUCGCGGUGGGAUGAUCCGGUUCGCCGAGCUGACGGUAAUCCGACUCCUGGAUGAAGAGAGGAGAAGGGGAGCUAGAGCUAGAGCUCGAGCUCGAGCUAUGAUGUGAAGCUGUGAAGUCGCGGACUGAAUCAAGCGACGAGGUCAUUGGCGUCCUGCAUGACACGCAGGCUUCUGCGCUAGGAGAGGUCAUCCAAAUGAUUGAAGCCGAGCAACAGAUGGAACUGCUGACUGUAGUCUUGAAUAUGCGCAAUGCGGCAUCGUGGCAGAGGUUGGCGCGGCUGGAUUUCGGUUGCUGAGGUCGCUGAGGGUGCUGAAUUGCUUUUGCUGAAGUCGCGGUUGGUGAUGUUGCGGUGGUCGAGAGACGCGACGCUAAUUUGUCGUGCGUCGGUGGUGGCGGGAGCUUCCGCGUAUGUCAAAGCUCAAUCAAUUAUCGAUUGGCCGGCGCGUCGUCAAUUCCAGCGCUACAAACACUGUGACCGAACAACAUCCUCCAUCUGCUUCGCGUUGGAAAAGCAGCACACAUCACAUCAUGGCGCGCGCAAUGCCGCAACGCAACUUGACGCUCACCGAAGAGCUGGAGAGACUGGAGCAGCAGAUCACUCUGACCUUGCAAGAGAUCGACAGCAACUUCAGCAAGGCCCAUCGCAUCGUCACCACCAGCAUCUUGCCCAUCGUCGAGGAGUAUGCGAAGCACAGCAAUGAGGUCUGGGAAGGCUCAAAGGUGAGAGCUGCCGACUGUCUGUUCCCCGCCCUUUCGCUUCUGACGCGUCUUGCUGCAGUUCUGGAAGCAAUUCUUCGAGGCCUCCGCCAAUGUCUCUCUCUCCGGCUACGAGGAACCCACAGACGACACCGUCACCAACACCGAGCCCACCGACUCCUUCCAGACGCCCCCCGGGCACGAUGAGAGCACAGUGACGGGUGCGCAAAUGCAACAACAGGAGGAUGACGAAGACUUCACCAUCGAAUCGCCAACUCAAGUCACCGGAGUACAGACGACACCAAAACUACCACCUUCUACAUCCAACAAGACAAAUGGGGACUCGCGAGCCAACUUCAACAACAAGAAUGCAGCCUCCGCGUCGUACCCGUCUCCAUCUCCGCGAAAAUACACUGGCAAGAAUCCAUUGGCAGUGCACGAUUCCGAGGAGCCUAGUACGCCCCGCAUGCAAUCAGCAGCCAAUCUGCAGUCUUCGCCUUUCGAGCCCGAAUCUGCCUUUCAGCCUUCUGCGCGAUCUCGGCCCCAGAACCACGAUCCGCUCAUGCAUCGCGCCAUCUUGGAUAAGAACUAUCGCAUACAAGCCACGCCGCACACCCAGCGUAAGCAACGUCAGCAGCAACAGGCCACUGCUGCGAAAGGAACUCCGGCCACUGCCACCAAGAAGGCGCCGUGGGACGACUCGCCGCAAUCGUCGCCUGAGAUUGCCGCACCACAGCUUCGCAGCGAGCUCUUCUCUCCCGCAAAAGGCGCUCCCCGUACUCCCGGCGUCUCUGUCCUCACGCCUGCUGCGAGGAAGACGGGCCUGGCUGCGCCCAAGACCUCCACUGGCAUGUCGCUAUUCUCGCCAAACGACAAGGCGUACACUGCAACGCAGGAACGCACCCGAGCCAGCCAAUUCUUCGAUGAGAGUGACGAGGACGACGAUCUUGCAGAGAUGAGCCCACCCAAGACGAUGCAGUUCCACAUUCCUCAGUCACGCCUUGUCCAAACGCCGGCGCGAGAGGCGAGCAAGAAGAUUGUUGACGACCUGUUGUUGACAGCCGGAGCGGAUGCUACCGACGACAUUGAAGGCGAAUCCGAGGCUUUUGAUGAGGCCAGUCCCAGUGUGAUCCGUCGUGCGUACGAUGUAGAGGACGACACUUUCUAG